AUGAAGCUGAACACGCCAUUACCUCAACCUCUUCCCAAGGAAUGCGCAAAGGCUGCGAAGAUAUUCAAGUCGUUUGUUGAUAGCGGAAACAAUGGUCUUGACGGGGUUAUCCCGAGGAAUGUGCUCCAGAACGCGAAGGGGUUCGCUAUUUUCACCAUCUUCAAAGCCGGCUUCCUGUUCUCUGCCCGCGCAGGGACAGGCGUCGUGAUCGCGAGACUUGAGGACGGAUCAUGGUCAGCGCCUAGCGCGAUAGGCUCCGCCGGUCUGGGUGUUGGAGGGCAGGCGGGUGCGGAGAUGACGGACUUCCUGGUCGUCCUGAACUCGAGAUCUGCAGUGAGGACGUUCAUGUCCGCUGGGUCACUCACAUUAGGUGGCAACAUGAGCAUUGCUGUUGGCCCAUUAGGCCGCAAUGGCGAGGCGAUCGGAUCCGUGAACUCCAGCGGAAAGAUGGCUGCGAUGUACAGCUAUUCAAAAACACGAGGCCUGUUCGGUGGCGUAUCGAUAGAGGGUUCAGUCAUCGUCGAACGCCAAGACGCCAAUGCACAAGCGUAUCACUCAGACGUCUCGGCCAAGUCGCUGCUCAGCGGCGCGAUCACCCCCCCAGAGUGGGCAAUGCCACUCAUUAGGACGCUCGAGGCAUGCACCGGUAUGCCAGGCAACAGGCCGUGGGUCGAGGAACUCCGCUCGCGCGAUACCCCGUACGCGUUCGAUGGCAUCGAGAGCCCCCGUAAUGAGCACCCCACUCCGCUCGAUCUCGGGGCAGACGCGCUCUCCGGUGCGGGCUCGCCACAAACGGAGUUCGGCGUGGGCGCACGGCCAAGCGCGAAGAAUCGGUCGCGGAACAGCAGCUUCGGGUUCCCGCCCGCGAGCUGGGGAAAACGCAAGACAUCGGGCGCGUACUUCGAGAACGACUUCCACGACCCGAGUCGCGCGCCGGUGCCAUCGGACUUGGGAGCGCUGGACAGUUCGCCAGGGAGCCGGCGUGCUUGGGAGGACCAACCAUCACAACUGAACCGUGGGUCGAACCCGACGACGGGAUACUUCGAUACGAGAUUUGAUUCGGACUAUGUAUCGGAUGAGCAGCUGCGGCGGCAUCCAAACCUGAGCGUGUCCGGUAAGGCCCCAGCGAGGUCAUCAGGCGACAACGACAACGACUUGCACGACCGAAAUCCGUUCGGUGGAUCGCGCUCGAACGGCGGACUGGACACCACGAGCCACCGGCGCGUGUUCAGCGCCUACGCACCGUCUUCGCUAUCGAGCGUCGAGUCGCACUCACAGCGCGAUCCAUUUGAGUCGCGCGACGACCUGGACGAUCUCAGUUACAGCGAAAGGCCGGCGAAGAUCAGCUUCACGCCGAAAAUUGCGCCCAAGGCCGAGCUCUCACAGCCGCUCAAGCCGCAGGAGGGCGUCGCCCGCGCUAUUGCCCUGUACAACUUCAAAGCAGUCCAGCCGGGCGAUCUUUCGUUUACGAAGGGACAGGUGAUUACUGUGACGAAGAAGAGCGGCGACGUGAAUACGUGGUGGACGGGGAAGCUUGAGGGCCGGGAGGGCAUCUUCCCCGCGAACUUCGUGGAAGUUGUGUGA